AUGAAUAUUAUUUCUAGCAUAGCUUCAAAUGUGGCUUUACCUGUUUUUCGAGAAUUCACUUAUGUAUUGAUGUACAAUCAAAACCUCAUCAAUCUCGAGACUCAGAUUCAGAAGCUGCAGAGGGAGGAGAAAGAAAUGCGGCACAGUGUUGAAGCUGCCAAACGGAACGGUGAGGAGAUUGAAGACACGGUGCGCGACUGGUUUUUUAGAGGACAGGCAGCCAUAGAAGAGGCGCAAGAGUUUCUUCACGGCGAAGAUAAAGAGAGAGUUGGAUGCUUAGAUGUGUACUCUAGGUAUACUAAGAGUCAGAGAGCGAAAACCCUGGUGGAUCUGAUUUGUGAGAUAAAAAACGAAAUGUUUGAUCGGAUUUCGUACCGUUGUGCUUUGAAAUGUAAUUUUAGCUCUAGUGCUAGAGGUUAUGUGGAUUUGGAAUCGAGAACGGAAAUGUUGAAUGAGAUUAUGAAUGUGUUGAAAGAGGAUUCUAAUGUUCAUAUGGUUGGUUUGUAUGGAAUGGCUGGUGUAGGUAAAACUGCAUUGGUGAAGGAGCUAGCAUGGAGAGCUGAGAAAGAUGGUGUAUUUGAUCUGGUAGUUAUGGCUAAUGUGACGAAUUCUCCGGACGUGGGAACGAUUCGAGCUGAAAUAGCCGAUGGGUUAGGGCUUAGGUUUGAUGAGCUGACUGAGGUGGGACGGGCAAGUAGGUUACGUCAAAGGAUUAGGCAAGAGAUGAAGAUUCUUGUGAUAUUGGACGAUGUUUGGGGAAAGCUUUGUUUAACCGAGGUUGGUGUUCCUUUCGGCGACGAUCAUAAAGGUUGCAAAGUAUUGGUGACAUCAAGAGAUCUUAAUGUGCUGACUGCUAACUUAGGUGCAAAGAAGGUUUACAGACUCGAAGUUUUGUCAGAGGAUGAGAGUUGGAGUUUGUUUGAAAAAAGGGGAGGGGAAGUUGUUAAAGAUCUUAGUAUUCAGCCUUUAGCAAUGAAAGUAGCGAAAAAUUGCGCUGGUUUGCCGCUUUUGAUUAUUAAUUUGGUGGAGGCAUUGAAGAACAAGGAUUUAUAUGCAUGGAAUGAUGCACUUGAGCAGUUAACUAAUUUUGACUUUGAUGGAUGUUUUUAUUCUGAAGUGCAUUCAGCUAUCGAACUAAGUUACGAGCAUUUAGAAAGUCAAGAACUUAAAACUUUCUUCCUUCUCUUAGGUUCAAUGGGAAAUGGUUACAACAUAAAAGACAUGCUGGUGUUUGGUUGGUGUUUAGGUUUGCAUAAACACGUCGAUACGUUGGCAGAUGGAAGAAACCGGCUUUACAAAUUAAUAGACAACUUGAGAGAUGCUUGUUUUUUGCUUGAAGGUGAAAGAGAUUCGGUCGCGGUGCUUGAAGUUGUUCGCAAUGUGGCUGCAUCCAUCGGGUCAAAGGUCAAGCCGUUCUUUACCGUGGAGAGGAACGCUGAAUUAAAAGACUGGCCGCGAAAAGAUGUUUUGAAAAAUUGUCAUCAUAUUUUUUUGGAUUGGUGUUUGAUCAAUGAACUUCCUGAAAGGUUAGAAUGUCCUAACUUGAAGAUACUCAAAAUUCAUUCUCAAGGGAACUAUUUGAAAGUUCAUGAUAAUUUCUUUGAUCAAAUGAAAGAACUUAAGGUACUAAGUUUAGGAGGUGUGAAUUGUACUCCGUCACUUCCUUCGUCUCUCGCUCUUUUGACAAACCUUCAAGCACUCACUCUAUGCAAAUGCAUUUUGGAAGACAUUACUAUUGUUGGAGAAAUCACAGGUUUAGAGAUUCUUAAUCUUGAAAAAUCCGAGCUUAGAGUGAUCCCUCCUGAAAUAGGCCAUUUGAUUAAUCUCCGGUUACUAGAUUUGACCGAUUGCUCGAAACUAGAAAUAGUACCUCGCAAUCUAAUAUCUAGCCUCACAAGCUUAGAAGAACUCUAUAUGGGAAUGUCCAACACUCAAUGGGAGGUUAAGGUUAAAGAAAUCGAAAAACAAAACAAUAAUUCAGUUCUAGGCGAGUUAAGAAAUUUGCAUCAUCUAUCAACUUUGAAUAUGCAGAUAAACGAUACUUCAAUUUUUCCUAGAGACUUGUUUUCCUUCGGAAGACUCGAAAAUUACAAGAUUUUGAUUGGAAAUGGAUGGAAAUUUUCUGAGGAUGAGUCCAAGAACUACAAAAAUUCAAGAGUUUUUAAGCUAAAUUUGAGCAUGGAUUCAAGCAUUCUUAUGGAUUACGGAAUAAAAUUGUUGAUGGCUCAUGCCGAAGAUUUGUAUAUAGCUGAACUGAAGGGUGUCAAAGAAGUACUAUAUGAAUUAAACGACGAAGGAUUUUCACAAUUGAAGCAUUUGAAUAUUCAAAAUUGCGACGAAAUGGAAGAAAUUAUUGGAUCAACCGUAUGGUCUAAUCAUGACCAUGCUUUUCCAAACUUGGAAUCUUUGAUCAUUCUCAAUAUGAUGAAAUUGGAGAGAAUAUGCAGUGAUCCAUUUUCAACACAGGCUUUUUCCAAACUACAAGUUAUUAAAGUGAAAAAGUGUGAUAUGAUGGAGUUUGUUUUCUUGCAUUCAACGGUUAAACACCUUUCGGAACUUGUUGAAAUUGAGAUAUCUGAAUGUAGAUUUAUGAGCUAUAUCAUAGCUAAGCAAAGACAAGAGGAUGCAGGACAAACCAACAAGUUCACGCUCCCAAAAAUGCGUUCUCUUACGCUUGAAUCUUUACCUUCUCUUGUUAGUCUCUCUCCUGAGUCGUGCAUUAACGAUACUGAAAACAGCAACAAUUUCUAUAGUCAACUUUUGAGUGAUGAGGUUGAAUUUCCAUGUUUGGAGACCUUGAAGCUUCACUCAAUCAAUGUCCAGAGGAUAUGGGAUGACCAGCUUCUGUCACGUUCUUGCUUUGAAAAUUUGACCAAUUUGACCGUAGAUGGUUGUGAAAGGUUGAAAUAUCUGUUUACAUACUCGGUUGCGGAAAAACUCGUUAAGCUUGAACAUCUUUUCAUCAGUUCAUGCAAAUUGGUAGAGAGGAUAUUUGUUCCCGACGAAAUUACGAGUAACAUUUUUCAUACUAGAAAAUCUCCGGUUGAAAUGGUUCCACUCUUCCCCAACUUGGAGACAUUGGUGAUUUCACAGAUGGACAACUUGAAGUCAAUAUGGCCACUCAUACUCAUUCAAAACUCCUUUUGCAAAUUGAAAAAACUGGAAAUCACAUCAUGUGACCAGCUUUUGAAUGUGUUCCCAAGUCACGUGCUAAACAAAUUACAAAGCAUGGAGUCAUUGAAUUUAGGGUACUGUCUUGCACUAGAAGUUGUAUACGAAAUAGAUGCUAUAAGAGAACAAGAGCUCGAAAUCGUAAUUCCACUGAAAACAUUAUCUCUAGAAAAUUUACCAAAUCUUAAGUAUUUAUGGAAUAAGGAUCCUCGAGGAAAAGUCAAGUUUCAAAACCUGUUUAUGGUAAAAGCUACAAAAUGCGAAAGGCUAAACCAUGUCUUUCCAUUUUCUGUGGCCAAAGAUCUUUUGCAACUACAUGUACUAGAGGUAAGUGAUUGCGGUGUCGAGGAAAUUAUUGCAAAGGAUCAAGGAGAGGUAGAAGAACAUGUUGGACUUGUUUUCUCAAGAUUACUAUCCUUAAAGUUAUUGAAUUUACAAGAACUUAGAUGCUUUUGUAGUGGAAAUCACAACUUCAGAUUCCCAUUGUUGAAUCAAUUAUAUGUGGUUGAGUGUCCUAAAAUGGAGACUUUCUCUCAUGGAAUUUUACGGGCGUCGAUUCUCCGAAGAGUUUGUUUGAACGAGAAUGGAGAUCAACGGUAUUGGGAAGGUGACCUUAAUACUACUAUAAGAAAGCUUUUCAACAAAGAUUUCCAAGGAAGACUAUUGGUUUCAUAA